AUACGCUCGACUACCUACUCCAGCUUGCUCCUGUUUGUGUAAAGGGUCUUUUCAUAUGCAAAAGAAGGGGGAGGGGGGGUGUCUUAUUUGCCACUUGCAGUGGGCUUUCCAGCUACCUUUUCAACAGAGCCAAACUGACAGCUUCUAAGGCUCAUCCAGUGGAAAAUAAAAAAGAUGGCGGACAAGAUUAAGACCCCACGAACAAAAGAGCUGGAGUUUGGCGGGUCUUUGGGGGCCCUCGCGCUUUUGUUUGUCUUGCCUGCAACUGUGCUAUACCUGCUGCUGACCUGUAAUACAGAAGAUGCCAGCGUGCUGAGGAUUCCAGGCCCACUGCCCCCUCUGAAGUCUCUCUGGGGCCCAUUUGCAGUGACCUUGCUGCUGGGAUGGGCAUCACUACAGGCUGUGCUGUAUAUGCUGCCUAUGGGGAAGGUAACAGAGGGCAUAACAUUAAGAGAUAACACCCGUCUGAAAUACAGGAUUAAUGCAUUUCACGCCAUGAUGGUUACUGGCCUCCUGACUGUGGUUGCACUGUUUGUAGGAGUUCCCUUCUCAUAUGUUUAUGACAACUUCCUGCAGUUCGCAGUGGGUGCCGGUUUCUUGGCUUUAAUUCUUAGCGUCUUCCUCUACAUCAAGUCUCAGUUGGCUCCAGAGUCUGCACUGGCUCCUGGCGGGAACUCAGGUAACCCCCUUUAUGAUUUCUUUAUUGGACAUGAGUUAAACCCACGGAUCGGCUCCUUCGAUUUGAAGUAUUUUUGCGAGCUUCGUCCUGGUUUGAUGGGUUGGUGUCUGUUGAACUUGUGUUUCCUGAUGAAAGAGGUGGAGAUCCGGGGCUCCCCGUCGCUUUCCAUGAUCUUGGUGUUUGGAUUCCAGGCUCUGUAUGUCAUGGAUGCUCUAUGGCAUGAGGAAGCAAUCCUCACUACGAUGGAUAUCGUACACGAUGGUUUCGGCUUCAUGCUGGCUUUUGGUGACUUAUGCUGGGUCCCUUUCACCUACUCUUUACAAGGAUAUUUCUUAGUCAGUCAUCCCCAAGAGCUGGGCACAGCAGCUGCUGUCGGUAUCAUCCUUCUAAAUGCUGUGGGUUAUAUUAUUUUCCGUGGCUCCAACUCGCAAAAAAAUGCAUUUAGAAGAAAUCCUUCAGAUCCAAGCGUGGCUGGUCUUGAAACAAUCCCAACUGCAACUGGGAAACGCCUUCUCGUUUCUGGCUGGUGGGGUCUUGUUCGGCAUCCUAAUUAUCUGGGAGACUUAACAAUGGCUCUUGCCUGGUCCUUACCAUGUGGGCUCGCUCACAUCCUUCCAUACUACUACGUCAUUUAUUUCACCGUACUUCUUGUUCACCGCGAGGCAAGAGAUGAGCAUCAGUGUAUGAAGAAGUACGGCCUGGCAUGGGAGGAAUACUGCAGGAGAGUGCCCUACAGAAUAUUCCCGUAUAUAUACUGAGAGAUCUCGGAGUAUCUCCUGUACGCCGCAGUACUAAUACCCACAGCAAACAACAGUACUUCAUCUGCAUAGACAACAAAACAGAACAUCCCAGUGACACCGAAAUGUCACUGUUUUCUUUUUAUACAAAAAACCGAAGUAGUUUUUUUAAAAAUAUAUUUUAAGCUAAUAAAACGGAAUGAAAAAUGUAUAACUACUACUAAAAACAACAAUACACUUACACUACAGUUCCACCCAAUUUUAUUUUGCAGAAUUUUAUUUUCUUGCUUAUCAGGAGUAGGCUUGUGUGUGAUUGUGUAAUUUAUUUAAAGGGACAUUAAAGGGAUAUGAAAUCCCAACAAAAAAAAUGUGAUUCAGACAGAGCAUAGCAUCUUAAAAAAGCUUAGAGUAAACUUCUAUUAUCAAAUUUGCUUCAUUCCCAUGGUAUUCUUUGUUGAUGAGAUACCUAGUUAAGCGUCUGGAGCAAUACUUGGCAGGGAAUAAUGCUGCCCUCUAGUGCUUUUGCAAAACUGCUGCCAUAUAGAGCUUCAGAAAUGGGCCGGCUCCUAAGCACACGUCCCUGCUUUUCAACAAAAAAAAUUGAUAAUAGAAGUAAAUUAUAAAUUAGCUUAAAGGGACAGUGUACUCCAGAAUUUUUAUUGUUUAAAAAGAUAGAUAAUCCCUUUAUUACCCAUUCCCCAGCUUAGUAUAACUAAGUUAUAUUAAUAUACUUUUUACCUCUGUGAUUACCUUGUAUAUAAGCCUCUGCAGACUGCUCCUUAUCUCAGUUAUAUUAAUAUACUUUUUACCUCUGUGAUUACCUUGUAUAUAAGCCUCUGCAGACUGCUCCUUAUCUCAGUUAUAUUAAUAUACUUUUUACCUCUGUGAUUACCUUGUAUCUAAGCCUCUGCAGACUGCCCCCCCUUAUUUCAGUUCUUUUGUGAUUCCGAUAGAGCAUGUCAUUUUAAGCAACUUUCUAAUUUACUCCUAUUAUCAAUUUUUCAUCGUUCUCUUGGUAUCUUUAUUUGAAAAAGAAGGCAUCUAAGCUUUUUUUUUUUAGUUCAGAACUAUGGACAGUACUUUUUUAUUGGUGGAUGAAUUUAUCAGCAAGGACAACCCAGGUUGUUCACCAAAAAUGGGCCGGCAUCUAAACUUACAUUCUUGCAUUUCAAAUAAAGAUACAAAGAGAAUAAAGAAAAUUUGCUAAUAGGAGUAGAUUAGAAAGUUGCUUAAAAUGUCAUGCUCUAUCUGAAUCAUGAAAGAAAAAAAUUGGGUUCAGUGUCCCUUUAAGCCAAUCAAUGCUAACUUAAAUAGCCCCACAGGAGUGAGCACAAUGUUAUCUAUAUGACACACACAUGAAACUAACGCCCUCUAGCUGUGAAAUCUGGCAAAUGCACUGUGAUAAAAGGCGGCCUUCAAAUGCUUACAAAUUGGCUUACCUAGGUUUAUCUUUCAACUAAGAAUACCAAAAGAACAAAUCAAAUUUGAUUACAAAAAAUAAAUUAGAACCUUAAAAUUGCAUGCUCUGCCUGAACACUAAAUAAAAUAUAUAAGCACAGUAUUGAGGUUAUUCCCCGCCUCGCUCUAGUUAUGAGUGCCGCCAUGUUGAAAUCGAGUUUUCACUACAUUCCAGUGCUGCUGCUUCUUCAGGUACCUGCAGUGUAACCUAGGUUUCAAAAUGGCGGCACCCAUAGUUAGAAGGAGCAUAAAAUGUAUUUAGUGUUUAAUGUCUCUUUAAGAUCUUUAGACUUUAUAUCACGUUUCUCAAUUAUUAUUUUUUUAUACAAAAUAUGUUCAAUUAUCGUUAUGCUAAAAAUAUUGUCUUAACUGUGUUUUCACCAGAGCAGUAUAACAAAAAGAAAGGGGUUUCAGGCUCAAAAUGUGUUUAUCCUACACUUUAGGGACGAUAGUCACUUUUUUAUAUGCAUAGUGUAGAUAGGGAAAUAAGCACUGAUUUGCAAAACAUUUGAAAUUUGUACUUUUUUUUUUUUUAGCAAAAUGUGCAUGGUUUUGCAGUCCAAGAACAUACUCCUUGAAACGCCUUGAUAAUAUGUACCUAAUUUCCCUUACUGUGGCCAGAUAAAAAUAAGCUGCUUUACUUAUCGCAAUAACUGUUUAGUAUGUAGCAGGAUCAGAUUUCAGAGUCCUGCAGGAUACACUACAUAACUGCGCUGAGCUUUAGCGCCGCCAGGACGGCAUGGAGCGUCCUAGCCAUUUGGCUGUACUGAAGCCAUAGCGGCUUCCUAACUGGGAUUGCGGGCUGGAGGGCGUGUCUAGCGUCAUAGGCACUUCCCCCUGACCCAAUCCCAUCAUUGAAAACACGCGAUCGCAUGAAUGAUUGUGUGAUUUCAAUCUUUUACUUAUUUGUUUACAUUGGAACUUGGUUACGAUGUAGACAAGACCGGGCGGGAAAGGGUUAAAACUGUAUUUACAAAAGCAUUCCAUUCUAUUAUAACGUUUGACUAAUCUGAAAUGGGAUACAAUGAUGGUUACUAUACUUUACCUUUGUAUUAUGUCAUUUGUUUAUACGACAGGUUAGUGAGUCACAUUUCUGAGCUUAUUUAUUGCUAUUGUCACUGUACAAAGGUUUUAGAAAAACGUUAUAUUUCCUGGAACUGUAUUCAUAUUAAUGAGGUUAAAAUGAUAGAAUUAGAGCAUGUUAUUAUUACACGUUUGCUUGUUAAUAACUAUGUGAAGAACCUCCUGCAAAAUGGGUUAAACACACAGUUAAAGUCAGCUCCAGAACAACAAUUCAUUACUGGGAGGUAGCUGAACACAUCGGGUGAACCAACGACAGAAAAAUGUGUGUUUCCACCAAUCACCAGUUGUGUAGACUAUGUACAUAUUCUUUUUCAACAAAGGAUACCAGCAGAACAAUGUCAAUUUGAAAAAAGAUGUUAAAAGUGUCUUAAAAUUACAUGCUCUAAAUCAUGCAAGUUUAAUUUUGACUUUACUAUCCCUUUAAUAGAUUUUUCCUACUGAAUGCAAAUAAAGUUUUUUGGAAAAAUGUA